CGAGAACAAACGAACCGACCGGCCGUUCCUGUUCGACGAAAAGAGCGGAUGUUAUGAAUUUGGUGUGGCAUAACCAAUUGUGAUUGAAGAGAAAGAGUAACGGAAUUAAAACGUAACAUAACAAAAAUACAAACACGCGACAUUAUAGCGAAUUAAAUAUUUAAAAGGGAAAGCAGGAAGCGGAAAGUGCAAAGCGCAAAACAAAUACACAACGACGGAUAUCCUGAUUAUGAUUUCGUUGGUGGCGUGAAGGACCAAUCAAUUUCUUAAUGUGCUUCCGACACGGUCUUCAUCCUUUACUCGCAUAACAUCGAGCUGCAAGCAAACAAACGUAUAUUUGUGCAACGUCGAGCAACUGCUGUACUAUCAUAUUUGUUAAUGAAAAUGGCUGUAAAAGGAAUGUUAUCAAGCAACGCUGGCAGUUUGACGGGCUCCAGAGUAAACUCGCCGUCCUACAUAUCGUGUAUGGUUUGUUUCAUAUUUUGCCUACUCUCCGCCCUGCCGCUACCGUUCUUUACAACAGCUAAUCGUUUAUCGGACACGAAACUUCAUGAAAUCUAUCUGGACAACGCUGAAAUUAAGCUCAGCUGGAUGGUGGAUUGGUAUAAACAGGAAGUUCUGUUUCAUCUGCAAAAUGCCUUCAAUGAAAAGCAUCGUUGGUUCUAUUUGGGCUUCUCGAAGCGUGGCGAAAUGGGCGAUGCAGAUAUCUGUUUCUUCGAGAAUCAAAAUGGAUUUUUCAACAUUGUCACUGAUACCUACACAAGUCCGGAUGGUAAAUUUGUGCAAAAAGACUAUCAGCAAGAUUGCGAACUGUUCAAAAUGGAUGAGUACACGUUGGCAUUUAAGCGAAAAUUCGACACGUGUGAUCCACUGGAUUUGCGGAUGCAUGAGGGUACCAUGUACAUUGUUUGGGCGCGGGGUGAAAGUCGUUUGGCACUGGAAGAUUACCAAUUCCCCUUCCCGAAUGUAUCAUCUCACGAGUCUGGUAUUAAGAUGAUGCAGUUACUUCGCGCCGACAAAAUUCUUAUUCCGGAAACAAAUUUAAAAACUGUUCGAGUCGCACUGGAAAAUGUGACAGUUCCAUCAAAGGAGACAACCUAUUGGUGUCACAUACAGAAAUUGGAUGAUUCAUUCGCGUCAAAACAACACAUAGUGCAAUUCGAGCCAAUUAUUACCUCGCCCGAUUUGGUGCAUCAUCUUGAAGUUUUUCACUGUGAAACCGAUCCACAGGUGCAGAUACCAUUGUACAAUGGCGACUGUGAACAAUUGCCGGCGAAAGCUAAGGUGUGUUCGAAAGUCAUAUCAUUGUGGGCUAUGGGUGCCAGCACCUUUACUUAUCCACCGGAAACUGGUUUGCCAAUCGGCGGUAAGGACUAUAAUCCAUUUGUUCGCUUAGAAGUUCAUUUUAACAAUCCUGAAUUGAAAGAAGGUCGAAUCGACAGCUCAGGCAUGAGGAUUAAAUUAUCUUCAAAGCUACGGCAAUUCGAUGCUGGCGUAAUGGAAUUGGGUCUGGAAUACACUGAUAAGAUGGCAAUACCACCUGGACAAGUUGGAUUUCCGCUAAGUGGUUAUUGUAUCGCCGAGUGUACUGAAGUGGCUCUUCCUCCAAGCGGUAUUAUCAUUUUCGGCUCUCAACUACAUACACAUCUACGUGGCGUUCGCGUUCUGACACGCCACUUCCGGGACAAGGAGGAGCUACGCGAAAUCAACCGAGAUGACUACUACUCUCACCACUUCCAGGAAAUGCGCAAUCUGCACUAUAAGCCACAUGUGCUGCCGGGAGAUGCUUUGGUCACAACGUGUUAUUACAACACACUUGGCUAUGAAAAUGCAACGCUGGGCGGCUUUUCAAUUAGCGACGAAAUGUGUGUGAAUUACAUUCAUUACUAUCCGGCAACCAAGUUAGAGGUGUGCAAGAGCUCCGUUUCCGAAGAGACACUGGAAAAUUACUUCAUUUACAUGAAAAAGAAAGAGCACCAGCGCGGCAUAAAAUUAAACGGCGCACGUUCGAAGAAUUAUCGCAGCAUCAAAUGGACACAGCCGCGAGUGGACCAACUAUACACCAUGUACAUACAGGAACCGCUCAGUAUGCAGUGCAACAAAUCGGAUGGUUAUCGUUUCGAAGACUUCGAUUGGGAGGGAGCAGCAGUGACACCUGUGGAAAUCAAAAUUCCAAUGCAUGGUAAAUUGUGUCCCAACUAUAAUCCAUUAUGGUUAAAGCCACUCGAAAAGGGCGCCUGCGACUUACUUGGCGAAUGUAUCUACUAAAAUGGAGCAAGAAAGUGACGUCGGAUGCACAAAAGUGUUUCUUGUAGUUUUAAGCUUUAUGCUAUAUAGGAAACCCCUGAGUGUACUUCAAUCCCUAUUGUGUAAGUGAAAUUCAUGUUUUGUGGAGUGAAAUAUAGAAAUCUGAAAUCUUUUAACUACACUGAGCAGUACGUCUGCCGCAAAAGCUUUAUGGAGUAACUGAAAUUCUUAGACUAAAUGUUUGAAAAAAGAAAAACUUGAAGAUCGCAUGUGUGUAAAUGCGGUAGCGGAUAUAGAAAAUUAGAAUUUUUAUUUUUCAAAGCAAAGGGAAAUUAUAUUGAAUUUAUGUGCAGAGUUCAUAAAAUGGAAUUUUUCAUAUAAAAAUGCCUUCACAAAUUGCUUAUGAAAAUUUCUAAAGAUAUUUUUAUAUGAAUAUAAGAGAUUGAUAUAAAACGGGGAAUGCAAUAGAAAACAUACGAAAGUAAAAAAAAUCAUCGGCCACAUGCAAAACACGCAAUGUAUUCACAUUCGAACACUUCUCUCAAAGAUGAGCCUUCUUAAAAAGCCCGAAUUGUAGCAUUUAUUGAUUUUUACAGUGGACAAAACGGCCAUUAUUUAAAUGAAACGCGUUUUUGUAAGCCUAGUUAACCCUUCAGGUGUUAUGUCAGAAUUGCUGAAUUUAUGCUGAAUCCAAUCCAAAAACAAAACAAGAAGAAAUAAGAAAUUAUUUGUAAACACAUUCUAGAUGUCCGCCCAUGGGAACCUUCCGGUUCCUUUCCUAUGUUUUCUCAUGAGCAUUUGUAAGCAAGAGUAAGCAUAAAUUAAAUAUUUUAUCAUUGGGAAGUGUAAAAGAUGACUUGUUGUAAAAAUUUGUGCACAUUUAGAGUAUACAUAUAGAGAAAGUACAUACAUAUAUUUAUGUAUACAAAACAAAAAAAACGAGCAAUUAAUCAAUACUCCGAAAAUCAUGCGCAAGUAGAUCUAUACUUUUAUGAAAUUCAAAGCCUGAGCUAAAAUCACAUCAAAUUGGGACAUUAGAUGCACAUAAAAUACAUAUUUGUAUCCCUACUUAAUACCAAAAACAAAAACAAAAACUAAGCAUAUUUUAUGUAUUGUACUUACAAAAUACGUACAUAUGUAUAUACAUACACAUGCACUAGGAACAUAAAUAUUUUAGACGUAUAUAAGAUGUGAUAAUAAUAUUGUAUACCUAAAAACUUAAAUGCAUUAUAAAUACAUAUAUACAUACAUACUUAAUUUAAAGCAAGAGAUAAGCAAAUUAAUUACGAUGUAGA